UCCUACAUAAGGAGGAGGGAUGUGAGCACAGUGGUCUGGGCUUCGAGGUCCCUCCAGCGAGCUCAGGGGCGGAGCACAAAGAUGCUUCGGCUGGGCUAUGCCAAGCCCGGGUCCUGGGCCAGCUUCUGGGCCAUCCUGACCUUGGUGGGUCUGGCCACUCGAGCAGCUCAGAGAGCCGAUGUUGGCGGGGAAUCCACGGGCACCUCCAUCAACCACUCCCAGCUGCUGCUCCAACGCCUGCAAGAGCUUCUGCGGCAGGGCAAUGCCAGCGAUGUGGUCCUGAGGGUGCAGGCUGCGGGCACCGACGAGGUCCGGGUCUUCCACGCCCACCGCUUGCUGCUGGGCUUGCACAGUGAGCUGUUCCGGGAGCUGCUGAGUAACCAGAGUGAGGCGGUGCUUCAGGAGCCCCGGGACUGUGCUGCCGUCUUUGACAAGUUCAUCAGGUACCUCUACUGCGGCGAGCUGACCGUGCUGCUGGCCCAGGCCAUCCCCCUGCACAGGCUGGCCACCAAGUACGGCGUGGCGUCCCUGCAGCGCGGAGUGGCCGACUACAUGCGCGCGCACCUGGCGGGCGGCGCCGGCCCGGCGGUGGGCUGGUACCACUACGCUGUGAGCACCGGGGACGAGGCCCUGCGCCAGAGCUGCCUGCAGUUCCUGGCCUGGAACCUGUCGGCCGUGGCGGGGAGCGCAGAGUGGGGCGCCGUGAGCCCCGAGCUGCUGGGGCAGCUCCUGCCACGCUCGGACCUGGUGCUGCAGGACGAGCUGGAGCUGUUCCACGCGCUGGAGACGUGGCUGGGCCGCGCCCGGCCGCCUCCCGCCGUGGCCGAGCGCGCGCUGCGAGCCAUCCGCUACCCCAUGAUCCCGCCCGCGCAACUGUUCCAGCUGCAGGCGCGCUCGGCUGCCCUGGCGCGCCACGGCGACGCGGUGGCCGACCUCCUGCUGCAGGCCUACCAGUUCCACGCCGCCUCGCCGCUGCACUUCGCCAAGUUCUUCGACGUCAACGGCAGCGCCUUCCUGCCCCGCAACUACCUCGCGCCCGCCUGGGGCGCCCCGUGGGUCAUCAACAACCCGGCCCGCGACGACCGCAGCACCAGCUUCCAGACGCAGCUGGGCCCGAGCGGCCACGACGCCGGCCGCCGGGUCACGUGGAACGUGCUCUUCUCGCCGCGCUGGCUGCCCGUCAGCCUGCGGCCCGUCUACGCGGACGCCGCGGGCACUGCGCUGCCGGCCGCGCGUCCAGAGGACGGCCGGCCGCGCCUGGUGGUCACGCCGGCCAGCAGCGGCGGUGACGCGGCGGGUGUGAGCUUCCAGAAGACCGUGCUGGUGGGGGCGCGCCAGCACGGCCGCCUGCUGGUGCGCCACGCCUACAGUUUCCACCAGAGCAGCGAGGAGGCCGGUGACUUCUUGGCGCACGCAGACCUGCAGCGGCGCAACUCCGAGUACCUGGUGGAGAACGCUCUGCACCUGCACCUCAUCGUCAAGCCGGUCUACCACACCCUCAUCCGGACCCCCAAGUAGCCAAGUGGGCCGGGGUGGGGGGGGGGCGCCUCUGGAGUGGGAAAUAGAGGCCUGGCAUUGAUGGCCUUGGCAUGUGGGAGGCGUGCCACGAAUGGAGGUGCCUCCAUUGGUCCCCUGGGCGGCCAGGUGCUGGUGGCCUUGGAGCUGGGGUGGCGUCCAGGGGAGGGGUGGUAGACCAGAUGCUUGGUUUCAGGAGCUGAUUUCACAGCUGCCUCGAAGGCAGUGCUCUUGGUUGAAUAAACCGAUGCUCAGCGA